UGUGUGCGCACUGCCGCUGGUGGUUGUCUUCCAGUGAUGUUGCCUUUCAGCUUCUCAACUCUCUAAAACUAUCAACUGCAACUAUUUACCUGACUUAUGUGCGACUUUAAAACUACCGCAGUCGCUAAAAAGUGUGGGAGAUCACGUGACGAUGAGCGCUGACGACAUUGCGCCUUUCCAGAGCAGAGUUUGCAAUUGAGGCCAAGAGUGAGAUGCAGAACAACCUGAAGAUGAUGGCAGACAUGAUCCUGCUCUGUGCCACCUUGGCCCUGUCCCUCUUCUUCUGGAUGCUGUCCCUCACCAUCAGCACCUACUCAGGGACGCUGCAGCCGGUGUCGCCAUGGCGAUGGUUGACCUCCAUCCUGGUCCCCCUGGUGCUGACCAUCCGAGCCCUGAAUAGACGCAGCCUGGACCGCUCGGGGGCUCUGGGAGCCAUGUUGGUGGGCUUUGUGUUGACCAUGGCCAACUUCAGCUUCUUCUCCUCGCUGCUGGUUUUCUUCGUCACCUCCUCCAAACUGACGCGCUGGAGGGGAGCACAGAAGAAGAAAAUAGACGCAGAGUACAAAGAAGGGGGGCAGAGGAACUGGGUCCAGGUCUUCUGCAACGGCGGCGUCCCCACGGAACUGGCGCUGCUCUACAUGAUCGAGGUGGGUCCAGGUGAGAUCCCCAUCGACUUCGGCCGGCAGUACACGGCCUCCUGGAUGUGCUUGUCUCUGCUGGGGGCCCUGGCCUGCAGCGCGGGGGACACCUGGGCCUCGGAGCUGGGGCCCGUCCUCAGCCAAUCGCAGCCCAGACUCAUCACCACCUGGCAGGAGGUCCCAGCAGGAACCAACGGAGGGGUCACUCACGUCGGAUUGGUAGCGAGCUUCCUGGGUGGGACGGCUGUGGGCGUGGCUUACUUUGCAGCCCAGCUGCUGUUCGUCAGCGACCUUCACCUGGCCGACCCACAGUGGCCGCUGGUGGUUUACGGCGGCAUGGCGGGUUUUCUGGGCUCCGUCCUGGACUCUUUCCUGGGGGCCAAGAUGCAGUACUCCGGUUACGACUCCAACAUCGGGAAGGUGGUGAGUUACCAGUCCACCAGCACGCAGUGGAUAAGUGGAAAACCCAUCCUGGACAACAACGCCGUCAACCUGUUCUCCUCAGUCAUCAUCGCACUCAUCUUGCCAGGCUUGGCCAUGGGGCUGUGGCCACGCUAGCAGCUUUUGUUUGGAGAAGCAGACUUAUGUGAAAAUACAGCGUGUUCUUACUCCAAGUCAUCCUUAGAUGGCGCUGGAGAAGCUUCUCUUCGUUGCAAAAGUUGUGGACAUUUUUUCUAUAGAAUAAUACAAAAAAAGAUGUAUCACAUAUAACAAUUACUUUAUUGUUAUUCAUAUCCAUAAUAACAGUAAUUGGAUUAUACUGACUAGAAAAAAAGACUCCAAUGAGCAAGUUGACUUUGCCAAUGUAAUGCUGUUUUUUUUUCUUAUUUAUUUAAUUCUUCGUGAGAGAAAAAGGCACUAAAACAAAGUGGGAGAGUGACAUUGCCUUCAUAGAAAGUACACACACACACACAAUCAACUAAAAGAGGAUGAACAACCUGCAAAUAUUCUUGGGCGCUGAUUGUUUUGUGAGAGAUUUACUAUGUUUUCCUUCUUAAUAAAUAAAUGAACAGCAAAGCCA